AUGCGAUACAGCCCAGAAACGACCAGGUGUCCGGCUUCUUGUGACCGAUCUCCUCGUUCCGAGAGAUGUGAAAGAGGCAUACAAGAGGGGUGCGAGUGUCUGGCUGGGUACGUCCGUAGUGGGCAUCUGUGCGUGCCUAACGAAAUGUGUGGCUGCAUGGAUGCAAUGGGAAGCUACCAUCAGUUAAGUGACUCUUGGGCCUCUGGUAACUGCAGCCACUGGUAUACGUGCGUGGAGCCGAACCAAAUAGAGGAAACAGGUAGUCCAUGUGGUGUAGAGAGCAAGUGCCUUCUAGAAGAGGGCGUGUGGGAGUGCUCCGCCUCUAAUGAAAUCCCUAUUAUAUAA